ACAUCAAUAAAGCCAUCCACUAAUUAAAAAAUAAAAAUAAUAAAACAAGAGCCAAAGAGGAUCCGAUCGAUCCAUGGCUGCGAUGAGAUUCUCUCUGGUUCUUUUGUUGGCUUGCAUCAUCAUCUCCCUCCAAGGCGUUCUCGCCAAUAUUAUCUGUGAAAAAUUGCCGAUAAAUUUUUGUGCCUUUUCAAUAUCAUCGUCCGGCCAUAGAUGUUUGUUAGAGAACUCAAUAAGAGACGACGGGAAGGUGGAGUACCAGUGUAAGACAUCGGAGGUGGUGGUUGGGAGUUCCAUGUCGGAGUACGUAGAGAGCGAUUCGUGCGUGAAAGCGUGCGGAGUUGAUCGGAAAACGGUCGGAAUGUCGUCGGAUGCGUUGCUUGAGCCGACUUUCACCGCCCGGCUUUGUUCCACGGCGUGCUUCAAUAAUUGCCCUAACAUCAUUGACCUAUAUUUCAACUUGGCUGCGGGUGAAGGGGUGUUUUUGCCUAAUUUGUGCCAGGUGCAACAGACCAGCCCUCAACCGUCGUCGUGGCAAUAGUUGAUCGAGGUUCACAGUUUUGAGUUUUGACAACGAUCUCAACAGAUAUAUACAGAAAUAUUGGUUAUGUAUGGUUUUAUAUUAGCCUGGGAGGGGUGUGGAUUUUUGGAUUAUUCUAUAAGUUGUUGGUUGAGGUUUGAGAUUUUUGCUCAAACAACAACAUUCUUUUUGCCUUUUCAAAAGAAAGCUCAUGAAAUAAGAUGGCUUAUUGAUUGCUUCA